AUGUGUGAAAAUGGAAGAUCCUCCAACCAGGUAGAAGAAGCCAAGACGACAAGCAAGGCCGAUCUGAGUCGUUGGCCUGAGGACCCAGACAAAACAUCAGGAUGUGUCGCUUCACCAUGCCGAUUUCUUCUUCGGCAGUACCAAAAUUGGACCUUUGCGUACAUGGGUGCGGUGCUUCAAAAGGGAGCACGACAGAACAAAACGGGCGGGUCCAACUUAUCUCAAAGUGAUUUGUACGUGGUGCCAAAGGCGAUGAGAUCCUCCGUCCUGGUCCAAUUGUUUGAGGAGAACUAUCAGAAAUUCCAAUCGAUUGACAAAGACGACAAGCGUCUCAUAAAGAUACUCUGGAACAUUGCAAUACCUACCUACAUACCAGCUGGAUUCUGUGAAUUGAUUGUUGUUCUCUGUGGAACAGGCCUACCGCUACUUGUCAGAGAGCUGAUUCGUGUUAUAGAAGCAAAUCCAAGGACGAAAAUCGUUGACGAAGGUAUGCCAUUUGCCAUUUCCAUAUUCUUGGUCAGUGUCAUUAAUGGUCUGGGAAACAAUCGACAUAGGCAUUUGGCGCUCAAGACGGGGGUUGCCUUGAGAGCUACCUUGGUCAGUCUUAUAUACGAUCAUGUGCUGCAAUUGUCACCAGAAGGAAAACAGAGUCUGACUUCAGGAGAAGUCACCAACCUGGUUGCCGUGGAUACCCAAAAACUAUACGAAGUUGCGCAAGAUGGUCAUCUUAUUUGGGCACUGCCUCUAAGCAUUGUGUUGGUGUCUAUUUUCUUGUACCGAACGCUUGGCCCAUCCAUUUUCAUUGGAAUUGCAGUCCUAAUUUGCUUUGUUCCGUUGAUCCAAAAAAUAACGGAACAGAUGCUCAAGGCUCGCGGAAAGCGAAUCAAGUUUACGGAUGAACGAAUUAAUCUCGUUAGCAACAUGUUGCAGGGGAUCAAGGUUGCCAAAUUGAACAACUACGAAGAAAAUUAUCUACAGCGCGUCACGACAGCCAGAAACAGAGAACUGAAGUAUCUUCGGACGGAAAUGGCCAUUUGGGCCACCACACUCGCCAUGACAGUUGUGAGUCCCGUUCUUGCCACUGCUGCAACCUUCAUUGCCUAUGUGUACAUUGACGAAAGUCACAUUUUGACGGCUUCCGAUACCUUUGGGGUGCUCCUCUUGUUUUCAGCCCUCCGCUUUCCAAUCAACUAUGCGGGACGUUUGAUUGGCAAGUUGGCACAAGCGCUGUCAGCAGUCCAGAGGAUAUCGCAGUUUCUAGCAAGACAAAAGAGAAGCAACCAAAAGCAAAUCACAAACGGCGGACAUGUGCCAGAGGACAGCACCCGAGCAUCCGCUCCAUUGAUUGUUUCUCAGGCAAGUUUCCGUGUGGGAAGUACCCUGAGUGAUAUUGAUGGCACAGAGGAGGGAGUUGUGGACGAUACUCAAAAGGAGGAUACUGGAUUCACCGUCACAGAUUUUGACUUCUCGGUGGACAAAGGUGAAGUUCUGUGUGUUUGUGGUCCAGUUGGCAGUGGAAAGUCAACGCUCUUGAAUGGGAUUCUAGAUGAAGCUGAGGCAAUUGGGAAAUCUGCUGUCGUGAAGGAAGGAAAAGUGUCCUAUGUGCCGCAGACGCCCUUCAUUCUAAACCUAACGUUGCGAGACAAUAUUCUGUUUGGUUUGCCAUUGGAUAAGGAGCGAUACGAACGUGUUUUGGAUGCCUGCUGUUUGAGAACAGAUCUGGAACAACUGGGCGAAGCUGGCGAUUUGACCGAGAUUGGUGAAAGAGGCGUGACUCUGAGUGGUGGUCAAAAGCAACGUGUUUCAUUGGCAAGGGCUGCCUAUGCUAAAUCUGAUAUUCUCAUAUUGGAUGAUCCAUUCAGUGCCUUGGAUUCGGGGACAGGACGAAUCGUAUUUGAGAGAUUGCUUCUUUCGAAGGAUUCGCUGUUUCGGGAAUCAGCAAUCAUUCUGGUGACGCAUGGUUCUCACUUUAUCAGUAACAAGGGCGUCGACAAGAUUCUAGUGGUGGUGGACGGAGCAAAUCGUUUUCUUGGAAUUUGGGAAGAGCUUGUGACUUUCGAGCCAAGUGAUGACACUACGAAACGGGCUGUGGACCACAUUAGAUCAACGGUUCGAGAAGACAAUACCGAAGCUGAAGGAGGAGAUGAGGAAGUAAAGGGAGACGAAUUAUCGAAAGAGACAAGUAACAGCAAGGCGACGGGACGUCUUAUGCAAGUCGAAGAGCGAGAACAUGGCUUAUCCAGCACAAAGACCUGGUUGCUUUGGUUCAAGAGAGCUGGUGGGGCAAAAUUUUUGGUGCUUCAAGUGAUUUUCAUGGCCAUUGAUCGAACAGUAUACGUUGCAACGGAGUGGGUUCUUGCUCGGUGGACAUCAGCUACUGUGAAUCCUGUUGUAAUGUUGGGUUGGGAAUUCCCUCCCCAGAGUGAUGGCUUUUCUGCUCAAACGGAGUAUGUGAAGGUGUACGCAAUCUUGCUCGUAACAAUGGUUGUCGCAGUGACUGUGCGGUCCGAAUGGGCCGUUACUGGUGGAGCCCGAGCGGGAAAGCAUGUCUUUGAAAGCAUGCUCUCGUCGGUGUUGAUGGCUCCAAUGUCAUACUAUGAAUCCCAGCCCACUGGACGUUUGCUGAAUCGUUUCACCUAUGAUACUGAGGUUAAUGAUGUUGUGCUGACGCAGGCGAUGGUGACAUUAAUGAUCAGCUGGAGCUGGUACUUUGCAGGAAUCGCCAUCCAGUUCACGAUACUUCCAUGGACUGCUGCGGCAAUUGUUCCGGUGUCCGUCAUGUAUUGGGUGCUUGCGCUACACUACCGUCUUUCCGGACCCGAUUUGCAACGUCUAGAUGCUCUAAGUCGGUCUCCAUUGCAGUCGAUGGUAUCAGAAUGUCUUGAAGGAUCAACAAGCAUUCGAGUCUAUCAUCAGGACAAGAACUUUGUGGACCGAUUCCAAAGCAUUGUCGACUCCAACAGUUCAGCUCUUCUGAACUUUGUUUCGGCACAGAGAUGGUUGGGAAUUCGGAUAGAAUUGCUCGGAUCACUUGUUGUGUUGGUGUCAUCGUCUCUUGUCGUAUCCCUGAAUGACGUUUGGCAGCUCGAAGCCGGAAUGAUUGGACUUCUCAUUAUGUGGGCUUCUCAUUUCACAAUUACACUCAACUUUUUGGUGGAUACUUUUGCUGAAGCGGAGGCCGCGAUUACUGCAAUCGAACGAGUGGACGCAAUGGCAGACUUGCCCCGUGAGAAACCAAUGAAAACCGCAAAGGAAUUUGAAGUGGACCAAGAAUGGCCGCGUACUGGCAGUGUUAGUUUUGAAGGCGUUUCCAUGCGAUACCGAAAGGGUCUGCCUUGUGCACUCAAUGAUCUAUCAUUUCAAAUUCCAGCUGGAAAGACUUGUGGGGUGGUGGGCAGAACUGGAGCCGGAAAAAGCAGUCUCACCGUUGCCUUGUUCCGUCUUGUGGAAAUCGAAUCGGGGAGAAUCAUGUUUGAUGGAGUCGAUCUAGGUAACCUUGGGCUGUCUGACGUUCGAGGUCGAGGAAUGUCUAUCAUUCCACAAGAUCCAUUCCUAACGGGAGAUGUGCUUCGGGACUGUCUAGAUCCUUUCAACACACACUCAGACGAAGAUAUCAUCGAGGCCUUGAAAGCGGUCCGAAUGGGCGGUGACACUCCAGAAGAAAAUGCCAAGAUUCUGACUUCACAUUUGGAAGAGGGAGGCGCCAACUACUCUGUUGGCGAACGACAACUUUUGAACCUGGCUCGGGCAUUCCUUUCUCAACCAAAGUUGCUUGUUUUGGACGAAGCGACUGCUAGUAUUGAUGGUGAAACUGAUGCAUUUAUCCAGAACAUGCUUCGGUCAAGAUUCCCAAACACAACACUGAUCACGAUUGCACACCGAUUGAACACAAUCAUGGACUAUGAUCUCGUAUUGGUAAUGGAUGCGGGACGUGCUGUCGAGUUUGGAAGUCCCAAAGAACUGCUUGACAAUGCCGAUGGUAUCUUUUCCGAGCUAUUGGAUGCAACUGGAACUGAAAGCUCUCUAUAUCUUCGAGAGAUGGCCAACAAAGCAGUCACAGAUGGUGACAUGUCGUAG